GCAGCGCGCCUGUGUCUCGCGGUAAAGCUGCCGCGCGGACCGCCAGAGCCAGGGGGCAGCCCACGAAACCUCGUCGAGGACCGCCCGACGCCGUCGCCGCGGCAGCGCCCCACGAAAAAGUCCUGAAGAGGGCCGCCACCGCCUGCAGCACACAAGCCACCGGAAGGCAGGCGCCGCACACGCCACGAUGAUCGGCGGCUCGCAAGUCGCCUCCUGGGAGGUCUAUCCCCGGAAGCACGCCGACCCCGACGCCAAGAAGCAGAUGGCUGGCGCCGGCUCCACCACUGGUGAAAGGGCGAGUUUCAACUACGGCCAUGAAAUGAACUACACGAGUCAGAUGACCGACGACAUGAAAUUAGCUUGCGGCCAUGCUGCUUCUCGCGAUCUAGUCGGCGAAGCCAAGGAAAGGAAGGAGCUGCGACAACGACUCAGUCGCCACAGUGGCCCUGUCGGUUUUAAAGCAGACAAUUUACCGGUGGACUACUCGCAAGUCGGCUCCAUGCCCAACAUCAUCUGGGACCGGGACCACCGCUCCCCAAACAUGAAGGGCGACUACUACCAUCGACCGAGACCCUACAGAUACGACGACAAUGGCGUAUGUGCGUCUCGUACUACGAUGCGCGACUGCAUGGACGGCGGCCUCGACCCGAACGGACGAGGGGCCAAGUCGCCCGAAUAUAAAGAUUACGAUCCGAAAGAACUGAAAAUGAAGUUAAGUCGUAAUGUACAUAAGGAAGGGGAUGGGCACUGGUACGGCUACUCGAAGCGACUGUCCACACCACCUCGGUUCCCCUCACCACGUAGUAGAAGAGAAAAGGGCAGUCACUACGUCUCCUCCAUCGGCGCGACGCUGUUUCCGAGUGAAGACAGGAUCUUCGGCACGACGAUGCGCGACUGCAUGGAGGGCGGCGUGCAUGGGAACAAGCAGAGUGAAAUAGGUGCGGGGUCGAAGCCGUCGUACCCGCGCAUCGGGCUGGAGUUCGAUUACGAGCCCUUCUCGUUAGCAAUGCCGUCGCAUUUUGAAGAUUAUAAGGGUGGGAGGAUUCCUGGUGAGGCUUUAUUAGAUUCGGCCAAGAGGGACUUCUGGAAGGUCGGGCGGCUGAAGUCGUUGGUGAAGCACCAGGACGGUAGUUCUCCGCCGGCGUCGCGCGACGGGCCGCGCUAGAUAGUCGUCGUCGGGGUAAGGAG